AUGGAGAAUCCCAGCAAAUCACCAGAGGUGGCAGACGGACAAGGAGAAGCAGCGCCGUGCACACAAUUCAGCUGGACUGAGGAUGCUACGACGUCCAGCCACGAAGUCCAGCAACCGAAACGCGACACCAAGAAGGAUAAAUUGGCCGCUGAGCCCUUCCAGCCCGUGCUUGAGAUCUUGAAGCGGCUUGAAGAAGAAGAUCCCAAGCUUGCGUUCCAGGCUGCACGCCUGGUGGGACUCUAUCGGCGUUUGUGGGAGUCUUGUGUCUCCAAGCACGUAGAUAGCCAGCAGAUUGAAGCGGCAAACGAAAAGCUGCGGACUGGAAAUAUUCAGUUGUGCAACGAAGGGAACCACUUGAAGCACCGCCAGGAUGAUCAGGUUGCUCGCUUGCAUGCCAUCGACGAUGCAUUGGAUGAAGUCCGGGGAAAGCUCAUCGGUGUGCUCAAAGUUUGGAGCGAACGGUCGGUCGGUGAAUUGGCUAUUUUGCCGGAAGAUGAGUUUCCCAGAGGUUGA